AUGGCAGCUCCCAUCACUGUGCUCUACUUAAGAGUUUUGGUCUUAUUCAUCUGGGCACUUGUCUGUAUACUUGGACAAAACUUGCUCAACUGCGGCUCCACCUCUCCGGACGCUUCAGGCUACCGCUGUAAUUCAGUUGGCUCCCAGGAUCAGUGUGGCACUUUUGCAAUUCUUCGCACUAAUUCUUACUACUCUUCUCUUUACAACUUGAGCUUUUACUUGGGAUUAAACCGGUUUGUGAUUUCUGAGGCCAAUGGAUUCUCUGCGGACACAGAGUUUCUUCCAAAAGAUCAGCCCUUGUUGAUUCCGAUUGACUGUAAAUGCAACGGUGGUUUCUUUCAGGCUGUUUUAACUAAAACCACCGUCAAAGGUGAGAGCUUCAAUGGAAUUGCUGAAUCACUGGAGGGCUUGACGACUUGUAAAGCCAUCCGGGAGAAAAACCCUCGAGUUUCGCCGUCAGGUCUUGCUGAUAAAGUUCGCCUACAAGUUCCAUUAAGAUGUGCUUGUCUUUCUUCAUCGGAGAAUCUCCCACAGACAAGACUUCUGUUGUCUUAUCCGGUCAGUGUAGGAGAUACUAUAUCUAGUUUGGCCAUUAAGUUCAACACCACUUCAGACGCCAUAAUAUCUGCAAAUAACAAAUCUUUAUCGGGAACCUUUAAGCCGGGAGGCCUUACACCUUUUACUUCUCUUUUGAUUCCUCUUAACGGUAAGCCUGAUCUUGGUCUCCUUUCAAAACCCCGUGAACCCAAUUUACAUUUUCCUGAAACCACCAACAUCUCUGCAACUACUCUACCGAAGAAAAAGUCCAAGAUGAUGAAGGUGGGAGCUUAUAUUGCUCUCAGCGGAGUCGUCGUUGGAGGGUGUAUCGCAAUUGCAGCUGCUGUUACUGUGAUCCUCUUGAAGAAGAAGAAACAGAAUCCAGUACUACAAAAGGAUGGAGAUGUUGAGCUUCAACAGCAACAUCAACAACUCAGUACUGCAAGUAUAAGGACUACCAGUGACAAAAAAAUGUCAUUUGAAGGAUCCCAGUGUACAAUUGAUGGCCCAACCAUUGACACUCACAAAAUGCUAGUGGAGAGCCAUACUGUGGAGGAGCUGAGAAGAGCAACGGAAGACUUUAAUCGCAGUAACCAAAUAGAGGGAGCUGUUUAUCAUGGUCGUCUCAGUGGAAAGAACUUGGCCAUAAAGCGGACGCAACCAGAGAUUAUCGCAAAGGUUGAGAUGCAAUUUUUUCAAAAUGCAACUUAUCAUCAUCCCAACAUAAUUAGGCUCCUAGGCACAUGUUUGACUGAUGGUCCUCAUUCGUUUCUGGUUUUUGAGUAUGCUAAAAAUGGGUCCUUGAAGGACUGGCUCCAUGGUGGAUUAGCAAUGAAGAAUCAAUUCAUUGCCUCUUGCUAUUGUUUCCUGACAUGGAGCCAGAGGUUAAGAAUCUGCCUUGAUGUGGCCAUGGCGUUACAAUACAUGCACCAAAUUAUGAAUCCGAGUUAUGUUCACAGAAAUAUAAAGAGCCGGAACAUCUUUUUGGAUGAGGAAUUCAAUGCCAAGCUGGGGAAUUUCGGUAUGGCGAAAUGUGUUGAAGACGAUACUGAGAGUCCACAAUUUUAUUCAACAAAUCCUGCCACUUGGAGCUUGGGGUAUUUGGCUCCUGAGUAUAUCCACGAACGUGUAAUUUCUCCAAGCGUUGAUAUCUUUGCUUACGGAGUAGUUUUACUGGAGAUUUUAUCAGGCCAAACCCCAAUCAACAGGCCGAAGAAGAAAGAUGAAGGAAGUGUGUGGCUUUCAGAGAAAAUAAAGUCCAUAUUACAAUCAGAUAAUGCGGAUGAGCUGAGGGAUUGGAUGGAUAGCGCAUUGGGUGAGAAUUAUUCAUUUGAUGCUGCAGUUACAGUGGCAAACAUUGCAAGAGCUUGUGUAGAAGAAGACCCUGAAAUGAGACCAAGUGCUGGAGAAAUUGUGGAGAAGUUGUCAAGAUUAGUGGAAGAAUCACCAGAAGGGAAGCACUUUUCAAUCUGUGAGAGCUCUUCCAAACCGCUGGUGAAGGCAGGUGCAAUGAAGUAACAUCACAUUUUUGAUUAAUUGUGAUGAAGCAGCAUUAGUUUUAGUUGUUUUAUGGUUAGUGGGAUCCUCUAUAUAUGUAAUUAACAAAGUGUCAUCGGAGAUGAAGAACAGCAGGCUUCUACUUUUGUAUUGUGUGUAUU